GCCACCAUGCACAAAGGGUAGGCAUCCCUUCACUUGAAAAGCCGUUGCUCAGUUGUCUCAAACUUUGGCAGCGUUCCACACCCAACAUAACCUUUUGACUCAUCCACACAAUGCCUGGUGGCAUACAUCCCCCUAUCGAGGUCAAACUAAGUUGGCCAACACCUAACUAUGUCAACCCGACACUCCGACCAAACGCCAUCACGUGGAUUUCGUGUAUACUCGGACCCAUUACCGUCAUUAUGACUUUUGUGCGGCUAUGGGUUAGGGUCUUCCAUCAACGAUGUCCCGGUUGGGACGACUGGUUGAUGUUAGCUGCCCUUCCGCCAGUCAUCGCCUUGACAGUCAUAUAUCCCUUGGCAACCAACCAAGCCUUUGACCGACAUAUCUGGGACUUAGACUACCUUUUUGAACCGGAGAUUAUCGUUACCGCGCGGAAAUACGUUCUCGCAACCGAGUGUAUCUUCUGUGUUGCAACUGGCCUCGUCAAGAUCUCCAUUCUUCUCUUCUACCGACGUCUCUCGGCCCGGGCCGUGUCGAAGACAUUCGUAUGGGUGACGUGGGCCACCAUCGGCUUCAUCAUCGCCUACACCAUUGCCUUGACUUUGGCACCCAUCCUGGGCUGCCAACCUAUCUCAGCAUUCUGGGAUCAAGUCAACAUUAUCAAGACACUACAAGGUUACGAGUUCCACUGUUUCGACGAAGGUGCCGACGUCUUUGCUGCCAGCAUCAUAUCGUGCGCCCAAGACGCCUUGACUGCCGUCCUUCCUACAUUCCUCUACUGGAACCUUCAGAUACCCAUUCGACAGAAACUGGCCCUGUUCGGUAUCUUUGCCAUGGGCUACGGCGUCGUCGCACUGGGGGCUGUUCGAGCCUACUACAGCUGGUACACCUUCUAUGGCACUUACGACGUAACAUGGCACACAUGGAAUCUGUUUCUUACCUGCAUGCUCGAGCUGUACAUCGGGUGCUUAUGCGCCAAUGCUCCCGCCAUGAAGGUCUUUUUCAAACACUUUUUCCAGGAGAAGCUCAGCCAGCGAUCCAAGACGAGAACACCAGCUGGUACAGAUGACCGUCAGGACAGCGCGCAUACCAAGUCCAAGAACUCGUGGAGAAAGUUCGGUGCGAGCAUCACAGGUGGAAGCUGGGCCAAUAGCACCAGGGGAUAUUAUGAUUCUCACCUUGGUACGUCCGUCGACCCGCAUGGAGGUGUGCAUGUGCACAAAGAGGUGCAAGUCACCCUGUCACCAACGAGCUCAGCGAUGCCGACGCCCACGGGCAUUGACCGCCCAGUGUCAACCAUGACAGCCGACAUGAUCUGCGACCGCGAUUACGAGGACAUCGAGCUUGGGCGUUACACUACAGGCCACAACUCUCGAGCAUCCAGCAUGCGAUCGACUCAUCUCUAUGAAGGGCACGACUUGGAAGCACUUCCUCCACUACCGACGUCACCGGCAUCGCCAACAUCGCCAACAUCGCCAGCUAACCGUGCUCCCCUCGCGUUGCAUGCUCUCUCAACCACAGAGAAGACGCUGCCCAUAACACCCCUACCAACUACUACAACAAGAGAAGAGACUAGGAGGGAGAGGAGUCCCACACCCAUGCCACCACCGCCGACCGCGCGCGAGUCGCCAUACCCCCCAUGGGGUUCAAGUCAGAAGAAGCCAAGUUGGCAGUCGUGGUCCUGAAGCGUGCCGCGCAUGCUAAUGUUCAGACCCUUCUGCCGACCUAUACCCAUGCACGAUACGAAGUGUCGCGUAGAUCGCGCAAAAAAUUCCUUGUCUUUCCUUUUGCUUGCAGCUUCGCUGUAAUGUCGCUUUAUGAUACCAUGUUCGCUCUCUCGCGUUACUAUAGCCGCAUGUUCUAUGUGCAUCAAUAUAUUUAAACCUCCGCAAAGCUUCGUGUACACUGCUACCAUCGUUCUCAAUUCACGAGUUUGAUGUUGCGGCGAUAAGGUGCCGAUGAUGACGACUUACACCAUCGCCCUGCAACCUCGGCAUGCAGCUGAACCAUGCAAUUCACAUCGAAUUUCAUCGUACGUCAGAAGAAAAGAAGAAGUAAAAUUAUGUAUAGCGGGGGAGGAGAUUGUAGUGUAGAUUCUAGACUCAUGGUAU